AUGUGUGACUAAUGCUAAUUUCCAUAUUUAACUUGUGAAACAACCGCUUCUACUUGUUUAUCAUAUUCACUAACUUAUGCAUUAGUUUCAAAUAGUUUUUCAUGUUAAAUCAAUGAAUUUGAAGCUGAUACGAAUCCAAAAAGUCGUUUUGGUUGCUUAAGUCCUUGUUAUACAUGUUCAAGUUCAUCAACAAAUUGUCAAUCUUGUAUAACUGGUUUAAAUAGGCAUUUAAAUAAUUAAACUUGUGUUUGUGAUGAUAGUUAUUUUGAAGAUGAAUCAUGCAAAUCAUGUAAAUUACCAUGUAAAAAUUGUUCUUCAGAGAAUACUUGUCUAUCUUGUAAUGAUUAACUCAUACAAAUUUUGCCAUAAUUUAAUUUUUAAGAUGGAUAUUUCAUGGAUGAAUCAUUUUUAUGUUAAUAAUGUAGUCAUCUAUGUAUUAAAUUUCAUAUAGAUUCUAAUUCAUAUUUAGAAUGUGCUUCUACAUUCAAUAAAAAUAACAAAAAUAGAUAAUGUUAUUGUUUAGAUGGAUAUUAUGAAGACUUAAAUUUUAAUCCAUCGAAAUGUGAAUAGUGUAUUGGACUUGUAAAAAUUCAUCAACUUUUUAUUUGUCAUGCAUUGAUGAACAUUAACUUAUCAAUGAAUUAAAUUAAUGUAUUUGCUAAGAUGGAUAUGUCCUGAUUGGGAAUUCAUGCGAGUCAUGUGUUCCUCCAUAUAUUAAAUGUUAAACAACUAUAGAUUAUUUCGUAUUAUAUUUAUACUGAGACUUGUACAUAAUGUUAAGAUAUUCAUCAUAUAAUUGAAAAUGGCAAAUGUAAAUGUGAUUAAGGUUGGAAAAGUGAUUAGAAUAACAAUUGUAUUGAAUGUUAAUUAUAUUAAACUUGUUCAGUAAAUUAGAAUCAUUGUAAUUCUUGUAAUUGUGAUUAUCAUAUUCUGAAUGAAAAUUUCAAUUGCAUAUGCAAAGAUUCAUUUUAUGCUGAUUCCUUAAGUUCCUGCACUCCUUGUUAACCAUUAUGUGCAACUUGUGACCAAGAAUAAUGUUUGACAUGUUUAGAUUCAAAUCAGGUAUUAAUCAACAAUUAAUGUUGA